UUUGAGUCAUUCAAUGCUUGCAUUUGAACAGUAAAUGUGAGACAAACACAUGCUUUACAUUGAUUUCUAUUGAUUCAAGAGAUUAAUGCAAUUGAAGUGUAUUUUAGAGUUACUUUCAUAACAAUUGUUAAUCAAUUGUCAAACAAUUUAUUGGAUUUGUUUCAACAUUUAAUGUUUACUUUUAUAGUAUAGUUAAGUUUUAGAUAAUACUAAACAAUUAUAAAGAUAUGAAUCAAGAGAAGCUUAAGAAGUUGCAGGACCAGGUGAGGAUUGGUGGUAAGGGAACGGCAAGAAGGAAGAAGAAGGUUGUCCACAGAACUGCCACAACUGAUGACAAAAAACUUCAGAAUUCACUCAAGAAGUUGACAGUUAAUCCAAUUCCAGGCAUUGAAGAAGUGAAUAUGAUCAAAGAUGACGGCACUGUUAUACACUUCAAUAAUCCCAAAGUUCAGGCCUCGUUGGCGGCCAACACUUUUGCCAUCACCGGUCAGGCGGAGAGCAAACGUAUCGCAGAUAUGGUUCCCGGAAUACUGAGUCAGUUGAGGGCCGAAAACUUUUCACAUUUGAAACAAUUAGCAAAUGUCCAAAAUGUCGGCAAUGAUUUGGCUAAUACUCCCAUCGAAGAGGAUGACGAUGAAGUGCCAGAUCUGGUCGAGAAUUUUGAUGAGGCGGCCAAAGUGGACGCUAAUUGAUUGGCCACUUAAAGCGCUUAUUAUUGAUUAACUGAUUUUUAUUUAAACUUUUUAUGAGAGCAAAUGAUAAAUGAAUGGAUCACUUAUUCAAUCGAUAGUUUAUUAUUAGUAGGUAUAUAUCAAUAACAUUGUUUUAUAAAUGAUUUAAUUUUAUUAAUUAACCAUUCAAUUAAUGCAAAUGUAAUUUUACA